AUGCAAAUGAAACACGCACCAGUCGGGCCGGAGGAAAGAAAGUCUAUUUUGAAGAAAAUGUAUCACGCUUUGAGGCAGUCUCCCAUGUUUACACACUAUUCGGUGGAACACAUACGAGACUCUGCCAUAAAAUCAGAGCAGCUGACUUUCGAUCGAUCAUUUACAAAGCAAGAGUACAUGCAGGCCAUGAACGUGAAACUCGCCAAGAUAGAGAAGAGCUACGUAAUGAACUCCGAGGAGAUCAUCCGCGAGAUGGGGAACAGGCCGCAAAUUAAGUCGGACUUAGCCCCUGCAGGCAGGCCCAUGGGCACGUACAGGGACCAAAUGGACCCGUACAAAAUCGACGGGGAGUACUCUAUGCACCCCAAGAAGGCAGAGCAGGAGUUUGUCUCGCUAACAAACAGCCCGCACGGGAGAGGGAUAAAUUUUUCGUUUGUUCCCGACGAGGGCCAUGCCUCCCGCAUUCGCUCAGUAGCCCCGGGAAACCACAUGGGGAUGGGCGGCCCAAACAUCACAAUGGGCGGUAUGGGCGUUCCCCUGGGGAUGGGCUCACAGAAGAUGCCCUCCCACCCGCAAAGGCACGGAAUGCCUGUGGGGGGCGGAGGCAGCGGAAUGAACGGGUCUGAAAUGUAUGGAAUGCCAUCUGGCCACAUCCACGGCGGCCACCCUCUUUCAGGCAUGAACCCUGGGAUGGGGGGCAUGCACUCGAUGCCGCUUGGGAGCGGAUACGGGCCUGGGAAGACCCCACAGAAGCCUAGCAAAGCGGGGAUGUACGGGCACUUAAACAUAAACAGCCCAGAAGGCGCCAUGGGAGGACACAUGAACGUGAGUAUGAGCAUGAGUGGGGCUGGAGGCCUGGGAAGAGUGCAAGGCAGCGGGAUGCCAAACAUCAUUAAACUGGACCGAAUGCCAGAGAUGGGAAGCGCCCAAGGGCCUCGGGGGGCUCGAAACGACGUGCAUCCAAUCGACAUAAAGGAGAUAAAUCUGCCCAGAGAGCCUGUCGGGGUAAUGCCGAAAGGGCCUGCGCCGGGAAUGGACUCCCCGGAGGGGUUUGUUCCAAUGCGCGGGUUUGGGGCGAGCGAGGCCGGAGGCUUUUCUCGGCUGACGAUGAACGAGCAUCUUGGGGAAAUCCCCGGGCUGAACUUGACAGGGGGACUGCACAGGACAGGAGCUGCUGGCAGCACAAACACAGCAACAAAGCUGAACAACAGCAACAGAAUGUAUCCGUCUGAACGGUCUUCAAAGAGCGGAAUGGCAGGCCCGCUGUCCAUGCACGAGGCAGCGGCAAGCGAUGCCCGGCCCGUGGAUCUUCCCAGGGCGCGCCCAAAGAUCGACAAAAUCGAGUCGCCGCUGCACGUCUCUCCGCAGGAGUCCUCCCCGAAGAGUGUCCGCAGCGCCGAGAAAAAAAACGCCGGAGUACAGAACGAGGUGGACGAAAUCCUGAAAGAAAUCCAGAAAAUGGGCGAUGUUCUGAACGCGCACGAGGGAAUGUUUCCGCGGUGGGAGGCGCAGCGAAAACCCUUCUAUGAUCUGGAGAAAGUGCUUUUGGUAAAGAUCAAGACGCCAGAAAGCGAAAUGGAGAGCGCCCGAGGAAUAUUCCAGCAGAUGAAGAAGCACAUCAUCACGCUGACCAUGGAAAUAAAGGAGGGCAGGUCGCUGACCUUCAAGAAAAGGCUGGCGCGAAUAUCUGGGGCUUUCAUGCAGAAGCAGAAAAUGCAGCCAGAAUACCAGUUUACGCUAACAGAAGAGCUGCUUCUGGAAUACAACUAG